AUGUUGAUGCCAAUUAGUUGUGUUGAGUGCCGGAGGCGCAAAGUCAAGUGCAACAAGCAGGUACCUUGCAACCAGUGUUUAGUACGGAAUCGACAGUGUUCUUAUCCAGAAAAGUUCCGCUCCAUUCGCGUUGAUCAAUUCAUAAUAGAUGCUCCAGAAGAUGAGAAAGCAGACUCGCUCAGCUCAGGUUUAGUGUCGCCUACCAGUGGCACUGUCAAGUCUGAGCCUCCGGCCAUUCCUGCGAAACGAGGACCCGAAGAUGAUCCUGCGAUAGUCGGAGACGCAGGAAACGACAAGGACGAGAUAAUACAAAACUUGCGGAAAGACAACGAAGCAUUGAAACUCAAAAUCAAAGAGCUCAAGCUGAAGUACAAACGUGAUAAACUGAAAGAGUACGAUGAGGACAAUGCUGCAGAGGAUUCAGGGAAUUCCAAGCCGGCCGGCCCCAUGUACUAUGGGCCUAAUUCGACACGGUUUAUGAUUUCGAGAGCUCUAUCCAACGCAGAUGUCGGAGAGUUUGACGAUUUUAUUAAUGUCAAGAGGCAAAUGAAGCAGAAACGACAGCUACCAAUUCUAUACCAGGAACUUGAAAUCAGGCAUUCAGGUGGAAACUACCACCAGUCUGCGUGCUUACAUUCUGGAGUGUGA